UGAAGGACAGAGGGAGCUAACCUGGGAUUCGCCCUCCCCAGUGAGCCUGUUUGGAGGUCGGGCUCUCUUUUGGCUGCCUGCAUGGCUGUCACCCAGGAUUAAGAGCUGUCGACAUCCCGGGGCUGCGGCGGGGGCUGCCAGCAGCUUGGAUGAGGACUGCAAAGGACGCCUCAGAACGGUGUGGGCAAGGACUUCUGGGAAGAUCAUGAAAAAAUAAAGUAUGGCUAAUGGACCCGAGUCCCGCUCUCUUCCCUUUUGGCAGUCGUUCAUGGUAACUCAAAGUCUCCCUGGCGUAUUUGAGUUUCCUCCCUGGUGAGCAGUUGAGCUCAGUGCCAUCCACAAGUGCAGAGCGCUUCGAAGGAGCCCGCUGAAGGCAUGGCAGCAAGACCCUGAGUCACAGCAGAGCUCGUCACCAUCCACCGGCCUCCAACCCUCCUUGGAGCAGCUGCCAGAGGGGCUGAACUUUGGUGUUUCCUGCUGUGCUGCCCGAGACCCUUUCUGUGUUAGCAAAGGCUGAUGGAAACCUGCGUGUAGGUGGCUCCGUGUCCGAGCGAGACGCUCUCCUGGCGUUGGUCCCUGCCAUCCCCGCUGCCUCCCCACGCACCAGAUGUGCCAGCACCUCCAAAGAGCUUCCCUCCCUCCCUGCGGGUGCUCUCUCUCCAGGAAAAAAUGGUGGACCUGGAAACCAGCUGGAGAUUGCGAAGUCUCCUUUCCCUCGAGGUUGCUGGUCAGCGGUCAUCUCCCACCACACCCAAGGGAACUAGAAGAGCUCCAUGCUGACUUCUGAAAGGUUUGUUUCACUAUGGGAGAUCAAAUUAUUUUCUGGCUCAGGUUUUGUGAAGUUCGGCAUCUGCCUUGGACCUGCAGUUUGGAAAAGGGAUCAUCUCUGAGGCACGGUUAAGAGACGGAAAAACCAGUCCCAGACGAUGAGCACUUUAAGUAGCACUGGAAUAUUACUCAGCUUAACGACAGUGUCUGUUACGCUGGAUUUUAGUUUGCAUGGUGGUCUGAUGGCUUGGUCCUUAAGCAGCAAUUUGACUCUGAAUCAGAGUUUGCCUACAUCUGAUCCUCUGAAUGCCUCUGAGAAGGGUGAAGUCUCUCGGAUGUCCGUGAGGGAGAAGAACUGGCCGGCCCUCCUGAUCUUGGUUGUCAUCCUGCUGACUAUCGGGGGAAACAUAUUGGUAAUUAUGGCUGUGUCCUUGGAGAAGAAGUUGCAGAAUGCCACAAACUUCUUCCUGAUGUCCUUGGCGGUGGCAGACAUGCUGGUGGGUAUCCUGGUCAUGCCCGUGUCCCUCAUUGCAGUCCUGUACGAUUAUGCUUGGCCUUUGCCUAAACAGUUGUGCCCUAUAUGGAUUUCCCUAGAUGUGCUCUUUUCAACUGCAUCUAUUAUGCAUCUCUGUGCCAUCUCUCUUGAUCGGUAUGUAGCAAUACGCAAUCCCAUUGAGCACAGCCGCUUCAAUUCCCGCACCAAGGCUAUUAUGAAAAUUGCUGCAGUUUGGACCAUAUCCAUAGGGAUAUCUAUGCCCAUUCCGGUCAUUGGUUUGCAGGAUGACUCCAGGGUGUUUGUAAAUGGGACCUGCGUCCUCAACGAUGAGAACUUUGUCCUCAUUGGAUCCUUCAUGGCGUUCUUCAUCCCUCUCAUCAUCAUGGUGAUCACCUAUUGUCUGACCGUCCAGGUGCUGCAGAGACAGGCAACAGUCUUCAUGUGUGGAGAGGUGCCCAAGCAGAGGAGGAGCAGCGUAAACUGCCUCAAGAAGGAGAACAACACAGAGAACGUUUCAAUGCUUCACAAUCACGAGGGGGCAUCUCACUUGAACUCUCCUGUAAAUAAGGAGGCAGUGCUUUUUCGGAAAGGAACUAUGCAGUCCAUCAACAACGAGCGAAGAGCCUCUAAGGUCCUGGGCAUCGUCUUCUUUUUGUUCCUCAUCAUGUGGUGCCCGUUUUUCAUCACUAACGUCAUGUCUGUCCUUUGCAAGGAAGCCUGCGAUAAAGACCUCUUGAGUGAACUCCUUGACGUGUUUGUUUGGGUGGGGUACGUUUGCUCUGGGGUCAAUCCCCUCGUAUACACACUCUUCAAUAAAACCUACCGCAGGGCUUUUUCCAAUUACAUCCGUUGCCAAUACAAGACCGGUAAAAAAUCAGCGCUGAGGCAGAAUCAGUGUCUGAAUGUCACUUCAACAGCUUUAUAUGGGAAAGACCUGACUUUAACUAGUUACCGAAAUGGCAACGAAUUCAAUAGCAUGGAACUAGAUGAAGUUGAGGAGGGCCUUGAAAUGCAACCAGGGACUUCAGAGCUCUCCAUAAACAGCUGUAAUGUUGUAAGCGAAAGAGUGAGCUGUGUGUAAAGGUGGCUCACAGAGCCUUUUGCUACGGUGUUAUCUGUAGCCAAAAUAUAUUGUGUAAAAAUGUAAGUGUUGGUCAAAGGACAAUGUAAAUAUUGCAUUCUGAACAAAGCUUUUUUUUUUUUUUUUAAAGAAAAAGAAAAGAGUUAUCUUUCCAGUCCAGUACUUAAAAUCAUAUAUAUUAAUAUACUGCAGUGAAGUUUAAGGUUCUAUAUUUACUGUUAAUACUAGAUCAGAACUAUUAGUUACUUUGCAUAUGUCAUGGACAAAAUGUUUGAAUUCUUCUUCCAGUGCAUGAACAAAAAUGCUGAAUAUUUAUCUCAGGUGGCAUUUGCUGGAGUCCAGAAUGGCACGUUAAUAGUUAUAUAUCAAAUACAUGCUAUUAGACUUGGUCAGUAUAAUUUUCUUUUUCAAGUUGACAGUAAAUAUAUACUUUAAAUCCUCA